AUGAGUCUUUGCGCUUCGAUCUGUGCGACAGUCAUGGGGAUGGACCCCUGGGCGCUUUUCGCCACUGCCCUCGUCCAACAGCUCUUUGCCAUGGUUUGGUUUGGUCUCAUCGUCAAGACAAUUGCGGACUACUACCUUGCCGCCGACAAGGGCGUGCGGCGGGUGGAGCACAUAGUGCACCGCUAUUCGCCCGCCCUUUGCACCUUCGCUACGUUUCUCGCUGGUGUCGUCCGGGCCGUUGCAGUGUACACCGUGUUUACGCUUUGCAACGGCAAAGGACUCUGCGACUACCAGCAGGCGGGUGUGGUGGUUGCGGUGCUUGCGUGCAUCAAUCAGCACCAGUUCUUCUCAUGUCAACGCCCCCUGCCGCUGUUGCUCACAGACUGCGGCUACGAGCUUGCCGCCGCGCUUCUGGCCUCAGUGUCUUUUUUCGGCCUGCAGAAGUUCAAUGUCUAG